AUGGUUAAUAUGCAGAAACGAGAAUGUUAUCUAAGCAGAUUAUCACAGCGUGACAAAUCGCUGUCUUACGAGCCAGGAGUUGACUAUUAUGGUCAAACUUGUAACCCACUGUUAAUUCCUGCUCAACAGAAGCCUCCAGCUACCGUUCAACCCUCACAACUUCAAUACACAACACAGCGUUACACAACUCGAUACACAACAACGAAGUAUGUUUACUCACAAUACCGAUAUACGGUACCUUAUCCAACUACAACUCGAGCUCCACCAACGCAGACUUACACAACACCUCGACCAACUUAUGCCACCUACACAACUCGACGAACUCCAGCUCCCUACACAAUAUAUCGGCCAACUCCUGCACCAUAUACAAAAUCAGUUACUUACACCUAUGUAAAAAUUUGA